AUGUUUCAAAAUUACCAAUUACCAGCACCAACCCUUCCACCAAAAAGAGUAAUAUUAGUACCUGGUAAAUCAAUACCAAUUAUAACAAUAAAACCAUCAACAUCAAAUUCACUUCAACAAGUUGAUAUAAAUCCAAAUCAGUAUAUGGUUAUAUCACCACAAACUUCAUCUUCAUUAUUAUCUCCCUCCUCAUUUCAAUCAUCAUCACCAUACUCUGAUUGUGGUUAUAGUAGUUGCAGUGGUACUCAGUCAACAAAUUUUUCAGAUAUAAAUGAUAUAAAUAUUAAAAUACCUGAAGAAAUUAAUGAUAUAGAUGAUAAUGUUAUCAAAACAGUACUUGCUGGAAAAGCACCAUCACAAAUUAAUCAACCAAAAAUGAAACAACGUCGUGAAAGAUUAACAAAUAUGUCAAGUGAAGAGAAGGCAAAUCGAAGAAAAUGGAGGAAUCGUGUUGCGGCACAAACAGCUAGAGAUCGUAAAAAAGAAAGAACCAGUAUUUUGGAGUUAGCAUUAAAAAAAUUAAUAAAAGAAAAUGAAGAACUUAAAAAAGAAAAUGCCAGAUUAUCUGAAAGAAAUCGAGAACUUUGUAAUUUGAUACCAUCAAAUGUCAUAAUAGAUCAAUAUUCACCAUCUCAAACAUACCUCGAAUCUGCAGUAUUCGACAGUCUCCAGCAGAGGGACCCUAUAUGUAUUGGGAUGAGUGUGAGAAAGACAGAUCAUGGUACUUUUGAUGUUCUUCAGGGGAAUGAUAACAACGACGAAGACGACGAAGAUAAUGACAAAGAACUCAAGGACAUUAUCGAUGAAAUGCUCCGAGACUUCAAACCAAGUAGUGAUAUUGAAAAAGUUGUUAGAGAAGUUUCCAAAAAUGAUUACGAAUGUAAAAACUGGGAAGGAAUGGAACCUUUAUUUAGGGAAGAGGAAAAUAUAUAUGUUAAUGAUCAGAUUUCUAAUAGAAUGGAAGAAAGUGAUAAAUCAGAAUGUUUCUGGGAAUCAGAUGAACAAUGUAAUUACUUCAAUGUUGAUCAAGAGUAUCAAUGUAUGCCUGAAGGAGAUGAAAGUUUUAUCGGAUUUGAAGGCAAUGAAUACUACUAUUGA